AUGCAGUUGAAGAGGCGGAUCGAUAGCACACCUCAGGAUCUGGAAGAUUGCAUAUUGCACAUGAUGGAUCAAAUAUAUCCGCGGCACCAGCGGGAAGCCUACACUUUGCUUGCCCUUGUUCUCGCCUAUACCAAAGUGGGUUCAGCUGGACAUGGUAACCCUCUGUGCAUUACAGCUUCAGGAGCCUCGUCCUUCAUUAACUGCUUCCAUGAACUAGAGCGGGACCGAGUCAAAGGAAUUGACACCCAGCUAGCCACUGGAUGUUUCGAUAUUCCUACCACAGACACAUACGUCCCAAGGGCGGAGCAGCUGAAUGGCCGAUACAACGGAUUACUUGAAUUGCAGACCAGGUCGUUUGAUUUGUACGGGAAUUCGGGAGGGGAAUUCAUCGUCGAGUUGGGAACUGUCGGGGUGACGCACCGAUCGAUUGUUGAGACAUUGCAGAAGUACCUACGAGCACGACUAUGCAGGCAAGACACCACUGCUCUGGAUAUUAGCCGUUGGGCCUGUCACAUUGCUCACUACGAGUUUGUCAAAGUUCUCCCCGGCAAGUAUGAACAACUUCGAAAGGACUUCACCAGGAACAGAAUAACAUCUCUCCUACAUGUCUUAGUCCACAUCGGCUGCAUGAAGCAUCCAUAUGUCUUGGAACACCUACACCAUAUAGAGACAGUUCGCUUCACGUUCUGGGGAGGUUCGAGAGUUCCAUAUUCCGAACCUGUGACCGUCGUCGCCCGGAAUAUACUCCUCAUAGGUUGGACCCCUUCAAUCCUGGUAUUUGCCGCCUUGCGCGGGCCUCCAGAGUCGCUGGAGUAUGUCAUUUACGCGACACGGGGUAAGGCUGUGACGAGCAACAGAACGCUUGUAUCACAACUCUUGCUGUCGCUACACCACUGGCAACUGGUGGACACUUCAGCUGCAGUGAACUCACUUCUACAGGAAAGUUUUUCUUCCCUCGACGACGCUACUCACGAGCUGGGACGUAAGGUCAUCAGAGACGCACUCCGCAAUUGGACAGGAGUGAUAUAUAACGGACCGAAAGAACCCGACAUGGUAAACAUGCCAUGGAGUUUGGUUGAAGUCUGGCUGAGCCACGGUGUGAACAGUCAAUCAAAGGUCGCGAAACAGGGCGCAUGGAUCCAUAUAUACGAGCCGGAGCGAUUUGAAUGGCGCACGAAAGACAGCGACGAGAUAUGGUCUGAUGAUCCGCUACAAGCGGUUCUCAACGAAGAAGUGGUCACUAUGACACUCCGAGAUGUCGUAGCGUACGAGCGACCUUACAACAUGGAACGACUUCUCGAACUGAUUGAUCGAAACAUGCUGCGAAUCGAAGCUGAAGAGGCAGCCGAGAACGUAACCAUGUUCGGCGAGAUGCCCUCCCCAGAAGUCCUCGAGGCAGAGGACUAG